AUGGAUAUAUCGGAAAUCAAAGAAACGACAUGGGACUAUAUCCUUGUCGGCGGAGGAUUGUCAGCUUCGGUGGUGUCUCAUAGACUCUUCGAGUUCAACCCGAAGCUCAAGAUCCUCGUGGUAGAAGCUGGUCCCAAUGCCAAUGAUCGCCCGGAUAUCGUCUGGCCCAACUCUACCAAUUUGAUGGGAGGCGAUUUUGACUGGAAGUACAAGACUGUCCAACAACCGCACCUUAACGGCCGUCAGAUCGACUUGCCAUCUGGGAAGGCUCUCGGUGGCGGGACUACGAUCAACAACAAUGGAUGGGUUAGAGGCGACAGGGUUGAUUAUGACCUCUGGGGUUCGAAGGUAAACGACGCACGCUGGAGUUACGAUGGAUUACUGCCAUUUAUGAAGAAGUCAGAGAAUUUCCAAGGUGAAAACAUCAACAAGCAACAGCGUGGAACCGAUGGCCCUAGCUUUAUCCAAUCCGUCAUUUCUACGAACCGCCAGUUUCCGCUUCGCAAUCAUGCCCUGCAGUCGUGGGCUGAGAUAGGAGUCGAGGCACUCCCGGGGCUAGACGCUAACGCGGGAAACGCGAUAGGCGUUGGCGAUUUACAGGAGAAUAAAGUAAACGGUCGGCGCGAGAUAGCUUCAGCCGUAUAUUCAUUAGACGGCGUUGCCGUAUUAACCGAGACCUUGGUAGAGAAAGUAUUGACAAACAAGACAGCCGAAGACAUCUCUGCGGUUGGCAUCAAACUGGAAAGCGGCGUGGAAAUACGUGGCCAUGAAAUCAUCGUAUCCGCCGGCGCUGUUCGCACUCCUCAAAUCCUGAUGUUGUCUGGCAUCGGGCCUGCAGAAGAACUUAACAAGUUCAAGAUACCCGUAGUUUUGGACCAGCCGGAAGUUGGUAAAAACCUAAUAGAUCAUACAAUAUUCCAUCAUGCGUGGAAGGUCAAGAAUCCCGCCGACGGGUGGGCUCUGGGCUCGAACAACCCCGUAUUUGCAAAGCCUCAAUACGGCUGGGGAUCUCCUAUGGACUUCCUUGCCACCACCGACGUGCCCAAGGAAGGUCUCGUAGCAGCGAUCACGGAAGACGAAGGGUCUACCCCUGACCCCUUAACGCACCCGCUGCUCAACCAAAAGCGUGCGUUUGUCGAGAACAUAUUCAUGUACGCGGGUGGGCCUGAUGGGUCGCUGGUAUCGCUUGCUCUUGUCAUGCUGCUCACUACGUCGCGCGGCUCUGUUAAGUUAGCUUCGGAUAGUAUCAGAGAUCAUCCUCUCGUCGACCCUAAUUAUCUGAGCACGGCAGUUGACCGAUACGCGAUACGUGAAGGCCUGAAGAUGCAAAUUAGGUAUGCGGGAAGCGACGCUACAAUCAUAGGCCGAGAGAUCCUGGACGGAGAGAAAGGUGUACCCGGUUUCGACCAAGUAUUAUCGACAGAAUCUACGGACGGAGAUAUCGAUGCGCGAUUACGUGCUGGAGUAGGCACAUGCUUCCACCCUAUGGGAACAGCUGCGAUGGGUAGUGUCAUUGAUACUAAUUUAAGGGUCAAGGGCAUUAAGAACCUACGUGUUGUUGAUACUUCGGUAUUCCCUGUUGCAAUCACCGGGCAUCUUCAGGUCGCAACAUUCGCAUUGGCAGAGCAAGCUGCGGAGAUCAUCUAUGCUGAUCGGCGCGAGUAA